UUUAAUCUGAUAACAUAUCAAUUAGUGAAUAGUCGUGAUUUAAAACAUUAGUGUAAAAUGCGGUUCUUAGUGCCCUGCGUCCAAAAAAGGGAUGAGGAAGGAGUUAAUUCCAGGCAGAUAGACAGGGAAAUCAAGAAUUGGAUAAAAUCCUACAAUGAUGCCAUCAAGCUACUCCUCUUGGGGACAGGGGAGAGCGGGAAGACUACAAUUAUAAAACAAAUGAAAAUAUUGCACGUACAGGGAUUCUCUGCGAGCGACCGGACCGAGAAAGUUAUGCACAUUAGACACAACGUGCACGAGUCUAUCUACGACAUUGUCCGCAACAUGAGCGCCCUCAGCAUCCCACUGCAGAGCCCUAAGAAUGUGCAAGCGCAGCAGUACAUACUUAAAUGUGGGCCGGAAGGACCGCCGGACUAUACUGAGGAAUAUUUCGAUUUCGUCAGGAAAUUAUGGGCAGACAACGGAGUGAGGGAAUGUUUUAGGAGGUCAAACGAAUACCAACUCAUUGACAGUGCCGAAUAUUUUUUGGACCGAAUAGACUUACUGGAGAAACCGGAUUACGUGCCGUCUGAUGCCGACAUUCUGAGAUGUCGUCAGAAAACAACUGGAAUUCAGAAAAUUGAGUUCAAAGUCAAGGUACCGAAGUCAAUGCAAGGUGGCGUUCAAGAUUUCUGGAUGUUCGACGUUGGCGGACAGAGGGGGGAGAGGAAGAAAUGGAUACAGGUGUUCGAGGGCAUCCACGCGAUUUGGUUUCUAGUGGCAUGCAGCGACUUCGACCAGACUCUCAGGGAGGACACCACCCAGAACCGCCUGAAGGAGGCGCUGGUGCUGUUCCAGGAUGUGUGGCUCAGCAGGUUCCUCCUAGAAGCUGGACUCAUAGUAUUCCUGAACAAGCAGGAUCUUCUGCAGAACAAGAUAGCCCAGGGUCGCAGCAUCAGCACUUAUUUCCCGGAGUAUGACAGUUUCCAGGCGCCAGGAGACGAGUACAAUAAGACUAAACUGUUCAUACGAAGCAUGUUUGUUGAUAUAACGAAAAGGAAAAGGGAACGCAAGCCGCAGUCUUCAGCGGAGAGUUUCGUGAUUCAGGAAGUGAGCCAACCUCGGGAGUGUUAUUUCCAUUACACAACGGCGACUGAUACGGACAACGUCAGGACGGUGUUCAAAGACGUGCACCAGAUGAUUCUGACCAAUAUUCUGACUAACAUCGGUGUUUAUUGACUAAAUAUGUGACUAACUACUACUAUAAAUGUGUAUGUUUAGGUGUCAUAAGAUUCUUCUUUUAGGCGACGGGCUAGUAACCUGUCACUAUAUAGUUACUUAAGAAGUUUUUAAGAGUUUUUGCAAAAGUUCUUCCUUGUUUUAGUUCAUUUUAGCCAGUUAAUUACAGUUUGACUGUUUUCUAACCGUAAAUACUUGAUUAUUAUAUAUUUUUUUUAAAUUUUAAACUAUUUUGUAACUACCUAGGUGCCAAUGUGUGUACUUAACAUAACUAGGUAUUUUGUAAACUUUAUAUUUAAGUACUAAAUCCUUAAGAUUUUUGUUGUUGUGAAAUAAAUGUAUUUUUUGUAAUGAA